CUCCCCCAAUUUCCCGCCAAAUUUCCCGAAAAAGGGCUUCGAUUAGGUUCUCCCCCAUUCUCUUCCCAAAUCUCAAUCACCUUCGCCGCCGCCGCCGCCGCUCCGCAAACACCACGAUCGAAAGAAAAUGGACAUCAGCGAAGAAGCCAGGGCCGCUCACCGCCGAGAGAUCUACUCUCUGAGUACAUUGGGUCUAUGGUUUCGGUUCGAGGCAUUGUCACCAAAUGUUCUCUUGUGAGGCCAAAAGUUGUUAAGAGUGUUCAUUUCUGCCCUACAACCGGAGACAUUACAUCCAACAUGGGUUUGCCUACAGGAACAGUUUAUCCCACCAGGCUCCCAAGAACAGUGGAUGUCAUAGUUGAGGAUGGCCUUGUAGAUAAGUGCAAACCAGGAGACCGUGUGGCUGUUGUAGGGAUUUACAAAGCUCUUCCUGGUAAAAGUAAGGGAAGUGUGAACGGAGUAUUCAGGACGGUUCUCAUAGCUAACAAUGUUACUCAGCUCAACAAAGAGGCACAAUCGCCACAGUACAGUGCUGAAGACCUGACGAAUAUAAAAAAUAUAGCAGAGAGAGAUGAGGCAUUUGAUCUGCUUGGCAAUUCACUUGCACCUUCUAUUUAUGGGCAUUCAUGGAUAAGGAAGGCAGUGAUACUAUUAAUGCUUGGUGGAGUAGAAAAGAAAUUAAAGAAUGGAACCCAUUUACGAGGUGACAUUAAUAUGAUGAUGGUUGGUGAUCCUUCUGUUGCCAAGUCUCAACUUUUAAGAGCAAUUAUGAAUAUCGUUCCAUUGGCAAUAUCAACUACUGGUCGGGGUUCUUCUGGGGUUGGUUUGACAGCUGCUGUUACUUCAGAUCAAGAGACAGGAGAGAGAAGGCUAGAAGCUGGUGCCAUGGUUCUUGCUGAUCGCGGUGUUGUCUGUAUUGAUGAAUUUGACAAAAUGAAUGAUCAAGAUCGCGUUGCCAUACAUGAAGUUAUGGAACAGCAGACUGUUACUAUUGCCAAAGCUGGAAUCCAUGCAUCUCUCAACGCGCGGUGCAGUGUGGUGGCUGCUGCAAAUCCCAUAUAUGGCCCUUAUGAUCGUUCAUUGACACCAACAAAGAAUAUCGGACUUCCAGACACUAUGCUUUCUCGUUUUGAUUUGCUGUUUAUUGUAUUGGAUCAAAUGGAUCCUGAUAUUGACCGUCAAGUCUCAGAGCAUGUAUUGCACAUGCAUCGGUAUCAUUCUGCAUCUGGAGGAUAUGGAAGAGAAGAUGAAAUUGUUAACGACUCCACCAUAUUUGUCAAGUAUAACCGAAUGCUUCAUGGAAAGAAAACAUCUAGGGGUCAGAUACCCUCGCAAUCAAGUACGUUUCUAAAGAAGUACAUUCAUUAUGCAGAGCAUAGGAUUCAGCCUGAUCUGACUGAUGAGGCAUCUGAACAAAUUGCAACAGCAUGUGCAGAACUCAGAGAUGCCAGUUCAAAUGCAAAGACUGGAGGAACACUUCCAAUUACUGCCAGAACCUUAGAAACAAUCAUUCGUCUCUCAACUGCUCAUGUGAAAUUAAAGUUAAGCAGAAAGGUUACAAAAUCUGAUGUUGACGUUGCUCUUAAAGUCUUAAACUUCGCAAUAUAUCACCAGGAGUUGACUGACAUGGAGGAACGGGAGCAAGAAAGAGAAAUGGAGAGCAAUGUCAGAUAUGUUCAUCGUUCAGGUGAAAAUGAUGGAUCUAGCAAUAGAGGUGCUAAUAGAGAUGUUGCAACAAUUGAUCCGAUGGAAAUAGAUGACCCUCCCACACAAUCUGCGACUAAUAUUUCUUCUGAUAGGUGUGUCUAG